GAUUCAGUUUCAGUUUCAGAUGGGGAUCAGGCUCACUCGGAUUUUCUGUUCAUUUUCCACAUCAGGUCCAGUUUGUGUACAGUGUCCGGUUCCAUAGCAGUGCCAUGUACUGUCCCCGUAUAACCAAGCCACAAGCCAACGAUAAUCGGCCCCAAGCCAAGCCCAAGCCCAAGCCUAAGCUCGAAUCCAACCAGCGCCCUACCACAUACUACAGUGGGUCCGACCCCCGUCUCGAGCAACUAGUCGUCUACCGGUCCCUGCUCGAGCACUUGCUGGACCAAAAGAUACACUAUGACCGGGAACGGAAACUGGAAGAACAGCGUCUGGAGCGGUUUCGGCGCGAGGGCCUCAACGAGCGCAGUCUGAUGGUACAAGAGCGGGUUCUGAAGAAGACUCAGGCCAUGCUCCCAGGCAUUGUCUUUAAGAUGCGCAACGAGGUGGAUAGGCUGCAGCGCCUCCUGGAGACCGACCAGAAGCAGCUGAGGCAGCUGGAUCUGGAGCUCUUCGAUCAGUGCCAGGAGCUGGUAAGCGCCUCGAAGCAGAGCCUAGACCACCAGCUCUGAGACUCUGAAACCUGGAUCGAUUCCCUCUCGAAAUAUUCAGUCGAUGAGCUGCCAAAUUCAAAUGUGUACCGGAAUGUAAACCAAACCCAACCCAACCUCAAUCCUUCAUUUGAUUAGAAAUAAUCCGCCCAAAUAUAAUAUAUACAAAGUUGAAAAGGA